AUGUCAGUGAAAAUUAAAAAUAAUAUAUUUUUAAAAUUAUUGCCGGUUGUAAUUGGUAUAGUGAUUUUUCUAAAAGAAAUUGAGAAUGUUCAUAUACCUUCUUUGGAAACUAAAUUUAUCGAAGUACCAGUAGAUCACUAUUCUCCAUUUGAGCCACCUAAAACUUUUAAUUUGAGAUAUCUCGUUGACAAAAAGUACCAUGUCAAGGGCGGCCCUGUGUUCGUUUAUACCGGAGGUGAAAGAGAUAUUACAAUCGCUGCUCGUAAUACGGGAUUCUUGUUCGAAAUUGCGCCUACUUUUAAUGCUAUGAUUGUUUUUAUUGAACACCGUUAUUAUGGGAGAUCAUUACCAUUUGGAAAUGCUUCAUUUUCUUCUACGAAUAAUUUAAGAUAUUUAUCCUCAACCCAGGCGUUAGCAGAUUUUGCGUUUGUUAUUGUUGAUUUAAAGAAGAACUUUUCUAAUACAUCUGACUCGACUGAACCUUUCAUUGCUUUUGGAGGAUAUUAUGCUGGAAUGUUGUCAGCUUUGUUGAGAAUGAUUUAUCCGGAUUUAAUUAAUGGAGCUAUUACUUCAUCUGCGCCAAUGUUCUACUUACCCGGAUCCACUUCUUGCGAAGAUUACUAUAAAAUAGUGACGCAAGUUUUUAUAAAAAAUGGACAACAAAAAUGUGUCAAAACAAUACAGCUUGCCUGGGACGUAAUUUUAAACCUAUCUAGAACGGAAAAAGGUAGGAAUUUCAUCUCGUCAUCAUUGAAGCUUUGUAAACGCCUUGAAACAAUGGAAGAUGUAUAUGUAUUGUUAGAAUGGUUAGCUGAUGUAUAUAGCAAAUUAUCUAUGGUAAAUUAUCCAUAUUCUUCUGAAUACUAUAAUCCAGUUCCAGCAAAUCCAGUCUUGUUAUUUUGCAACAAACUCAAUACUGCUAAUUUCACUGAUACAAAGGUAUUUAUUCAAAUAUUUACAGCCGCUUUAGAAAUUUAUACCAAUUAUACUGGCAAAGUAGCUUGUAAUGAUAUUUAUUACAAAGAACAUAAUGUAAAUGAACUUGCCUGGCAAUAUCAAACUUGUACAGAGCUUAUAAUGCCAAAAUGCUCAACGGAUUAUGAUAUGUUUCUCCACAAGAACUGGAAUUAUGAACAGACAUCACUUGAUUGUUAUAGAAAAUAUAAAAUUAAACCAAGACUCAAUUGGGCCCUUUCAACAUAUGGAGGCAGAAAUUUGAAUUAUUAUUCGAAUGUAGUCUUCAGUAGUAGCAUGUUAGACCCGGCUUCAUAUAGUGGUGUUCAUCUGAAUAAAUCAAACAAAUCAACAGAAACGUGGAUAACUUAUCGAAUUGCUGAAGCUCCACAUCUCAUGGACUUUAGAGCUUCUGAUCGUGCUGAUAAUAAUUAUAUUGUAGAAGCAAGAGAAUUUUAUAUAUCAACUCUAAAAAAGUGGCUUAAUCAAUAA